GUUCUUGAUGCACCAGGGUUGAGAAACGAUUAUUACUCCAACCUUGUGUGCUGGGCUAAUAAGUCAGAUACAAUUGCUGCUGGAUUAGGAUCUAUUGUAUAUUGCUGGAGUGAAACUUUAGGGACAAUUCCAUUACAGACUUUCGGGAAUGACUUGAUAUCGGCUUUGUCAUAUAGUUCGGACGAUUUCUUAGUUGUUGGUACAAAAGAGUCCAAAAUUUACCUCUAUAAACCAAAGUCAAUUCAUGUUAUUGCAUCAUAUUCCUUGAAAAAUCAUUCCAGUACAUGUUCAAUUAAAUGGAUUCCUGAAUCACAUUACUUUUUUGUAGGGAAUGAUGUUGGAGAAGUAACAUUAUUUGAAACAAAAGCUGUUGUCAGCUAUAGCAUCAAACAGAAAGUGACAUUCAAAUGUGAUCAGCAGCAGAUUUGUGGUAUUGAUGUAAAUCAUUUAGGAAAACAAUUAGCAAUUGGUGCUAACAAUAAUAGCAGUAGUAUCUGGGAUAUAUCCGAUUUGUGUAAACCCAAAAAACUGUUUCAUUUGAAGCAUGAGGCUGCGGUAAAAGCAGUUGCCUUUUGUCCGUGGAUGCCAAACUUAUUGGCAACUGGUGGAGGAAGCCGUGACAAAAAUAUACGGUUUUGGCACUCGAAGUCGGGUACUUUGAUAAGCAAGCACAAAACAAAGGGCCAGAUUACUGCAGUUGUAUGGUCUAGAUCCAAAAAAGAAUUAUUGGUCACUUUUGGGUUCGGUGAUUGUUCUGAUAAAAAUAGUAUACUUGCAGUUUAUUCUUACCCGACUAUGAAGUUAAAAGUAAAGGUUAAUGCACCAUCUGAUAUGAGAAUUUUGACAGCCGACCUAUCAAAUGACUUUAGUUCUAUCUGUACAUCAAUUAGCGACCAGUCGGUUAGAAUUUACAACGUUUGGAAUUCUAAAUUUGAUUUGAAAUCGGGUAUAUAUGAUAACGGUAUAUAUGGCAGCGAGAUUAUAGAUACAGAAGAGGGUGUUGAUAAAGCAAUAGACAUUAUAAGAUGA